CUCUCCGUACAGGAAUGUGAAGACUGCAUUACGUCAGUUAUCCUGCCAGCGGCAAGAAAGCAGCAGCAGUGUCGUCCAGAAGGAGUGUGUGGUUCCUUUUUUCCUGCGGAGAAUUAAAGGGAUUUGUGCUUCUUUUCCUGAGGUAUUCAGAGUUGAGAAUCCUGGUUGAACGACGGGGAGGAAUGAGACUCUGAAGCGGCGCAUCACAGCUCCCCUGCUCCAGUAUGAAAAGUUUGUAAAAGGAUUUGAAUAACCACGACACUCAGAAAGUAGAUGGAGGAACCAGGAGGUACAGUUACUUGUUACUGUGCGGGAUGUGGAGGAGAAAUCCAGGACUCGUUUCACACGAAAGUCCUUCAGGACACCUGGCACAACGCCUGCUUUCAGUGCUCCGUGUGCUGUGACCACCUGACUAACUGGUACUAUGAGAAGGAGGGCAAGCUGUACUGUCGCAAACACUACUGGGAGCAGUUUGGAGAGCUCUGUCAUGGCUGCUCUCUGCUCAUGACUGGACCUGCCAUGGUGGCCGGAGAACACAAGUACCACCCAGAGUGCUUUGUGUGUCUGAGCUGCAAGGUGGUGAUUGAGGACAGGGAUACCUACGCUUUAGUUGAACGAUCCAAACUCUACUGUGGGAAGUGCUACAAGCAGGUGGUUCUUACACCCAUGUUGGAAAAGCGCUCCCACGACUCAAUCCUUGACUCCCUGCCCCACACGGUGACCCUCAUCUCGAUGCCCUCUGCAGCCAACGGCAAGAGGGGCUUCUCUGUCACAGUGUUGAGGGAUGUCAAUGGAUCGGCGACUGUUCAAGUCAAAGAAGUCAGAGGGAUGCUUAUUAGUCCAGAGGUGCGAAAUGCCAUCCACGUUGGGGACAGGAUUCUGGAGAUUAACGGCCUUCCUGUUGGGACACUGAUGCAGGAGGAGGUGGAUGAUCUUAUUCACUGCACCAGUCACACGCUGCAGCUGCUCAUAGAGUAUGACCCAGUCAGGCAGCGUUUAGACCGGCUCAGGCUGGGAUCACCAAGAACCCAUCUGGGAGUCCCAGCCACCUCACGCAUGCGUCUGUCGUCACCUUCUGAUGCGGUACUGGAAAGAACCGAUGUGGUCGAUGAAGGCACACUGAAAAGAAGGUCUUUGAGGCGCAGUAACAGCAUAUGUAAGUCACCUGGGCCAAAUUCUCCUAAAGAGACGGUUUUCAUUACAAGAGACAUUGGGCGCUCUGAGUCCUUGAGAUCCUCCAGUAGCUGCUCUCAUCGCAUCUUCCGGCCAUGUGACCUCAUCCACGGAGAAAUCUUAGGAAAAGGCUUCUUCGGACAGGCCAUCAAGGUGACUCAUAAAGCCACAGGAGAGGUGAUGGUGAUGAAGGAGCUGAUCCGUUGUGAUGAGGAGACCCAGAAGACUUUCCUAAAGGAGGUCAAAGUGAUGCGAUGCCUUGAACAUCCCCAUGUCUUGAAGUUCAUCGGUGUGCUCUACAAGGAUAAGAGGCUCAAUCUGAUAACAGAAUAUAUCGAGGGAGGCACUCUGAAGGAUUUCAUCAGAGACACGGAUCCGUUUCCAUGGGAGCAAAGGGUGAGCUUUGCAAAGAGCAUCGCUUCUGGCAUGGCCUACCUCCACUCCAUGAGCAUCAUACACAGAGACCUCAAUUCUCACAACUGCCUGGUUAAACUGGACAACACUGUGGUCGUCGCUGACUUUGGACUGUCCCGACUCAUUGUGGAGGACAAAGUUAAGCCUCUGCCCGAAAAACCAACCAAUAAGAAGAGGGUGUUCAGACGCAUCGACAGAAAGAAGCGGUACACUGUCGUGGGAAACCCUUACUGGAUGGCUCCAGAAAUGCUAAACGGUAAACGCUAUGAUGAGAAGGUGGACAUUUUCUCCUUUGGAAUUGUGCUCUGUGAGAUCAUUGGAAAAGUCUAUGCAGACCCCGAGUGCCUCCCCAGGACUCUGGACUUUGGCCUGAAUGUUGGCAAGUUUGUGGAGAAGUUCCUCCCUGAAGACUGUCCACCAGCUUUCUUUCCACUGACCGUGGCCUGCUGUGACCUCACACCAGACAACCGUCCACCUUUCCAGAAGCUGGAGGACUGGUUUGAUGCUCUGUCCCUCAACCAGGAGCUGGGAAUCCCCCUGCCAGCUGAACUGGAUGAACUGCAUCAGAGCGUGAGUCGACUUCACUGGCCUAAAGACGGCUCACCAUCCCAGAGCACAGAUCAGCCAUCAACGCCAACAGCGGCCUCUCCAGACUCUUCCAGCAUGACAGACGGUGGCACCUAGGACCUGUGCUUCUCUUUUAUGACCCCUGUGAACUGCUGCACUAAUACCGUGGAUGAGGAAAAAAAGGGAGGGAAAUUGCAUUGAACCCGAGCCAUAUUAAAACUGGAUAACCUGAGGUAGCUGGACCAGUCUCCCCGUGUGGGACCUUAACUUUGAGAGUGCCAGUGAACUGCACUGUGGGUGGAAAGACGCAUUUCAAAAAGACAAGUGUUAACUUACUAAUUAUUUUUACCCUACUAAGCCCCCACUUGACACGCAGGGUUGUUUUAAUGUUUACUGUGUAUAAAGACGAUAUGCAGCUUUCUUUGGUCAUUUCCCCGACAUAAGACAGACAUCUUUAUAAGGUGUAAAACCUCAUUGAGUCAGAUGUGUCAGCGGUUUUGUUUUUCAGGCUCUGAAGUUGUUGUUUGCUAUGUGUGGAAUGCACAGAUCAGUCCUCGUCCACCAGAGGACUCACUUCACCUCACUGCGGCAGCAGAGAAAACAAAGAUGCUGCACAGUCUGGCUGAUUGACACGUCUAUGUAAACACAGGGCGGUGCUUGGAGAAAAAUGGUGUGACUUGAAGCAGCAGUGGACGCAAACCACACUCUGCCCUCAAAUAGUUCGUCAGUCUGACAUUUGGCACACGGAGAAGAAAUAGUUAGAUUUUUUUCCAUCUAAGCACCACUGAUCUAGUUUUUGACGAGAUGGUUACAAGUAUGCUUCUGUACUUUGUAGUCUGAUGAUUUUAAUUAUUUCUUAGAAUGAUGAACGAACACUACUUUUGUUUCUAUCAAACACUUGAUGUCUAUGUUAAAAACCAGGGCAGAAGCUCUUUUGGAAAGCAGCGCUGUUAUUAAUAGACAUAAUCAUGCAACAGUUGACCAUAGAAAGUUGUUUUGUACAGAUGAACUGGAUUUUUUUGCCUUAAGCAAUGUAUAUAAAUAUGUACAUAUUAUGUCUCUAAUUUGAUAUUUUUUUUCUAACAGGAACUCUAGAUUUGUAGAUUUUUAGACAUUUCGUCAAUGAUGGACGUUUUUGCCUUUUUGCUAUCAAUAUGCAAGGUACUGACGACCAGUUGUAACCACUAUUAUUAUUUAUAUCCCUGUAGUGUUUAAAAAUAAACCCUCCUAAAGUUGG